GAGUCUCCUCGACGUGAUGAAGUCCCACCAGGGGCAGCCCUGCGAGUGAUAUCGUUGUUUUCCCGUGAAGCCAUCACACUGAGAUGGAACUUCCACACUGCAGCUCGCAACCAUUUGUUCCAAGCUUUAUCUUCUUCGAAGAACCAAUCACAGCGCCCGGCGAGGCCACGUCACUGAGGAUGCAUCCAAUCGGCGCAUGCGUCUCACGAGCGAACGUAGCUUGGCAAAGAUGGCGGCGGGCUCCGAUUUGCUGGAUGAUGUUUUCUUCAACACAGAUGUGGACGAAAAAGUAGUUAGUGAUCUAGUCGGAUCUCUGGAGUCUGAACUAACGGGAGCAGAGCGUGUUAACACACCGACCAGGGUUCAGUCUGUAGCAAAUCACGCUGGCAACUCGACUGUAGGUAACGUUAGUAAUUCCAAUGUCCAGGGUCUUGGAGGCAGCAAAAUGGGACUUUCACAACAAGAGCUUGCUAAAGCAGGGACGGGAGUGCAAGGGGGUGUCAUUAACAGUACGGGUUCCCACGGUUCAAGCAUGGAUGGAGCAGCCGGGACCACAUCGAGCACGACAGCCGCUCAGAGUCAGUCUAAGCCUGGGACAGCUAGCGGAGUCGUUACGGUCGUAUCAGAUGCAGCAUCUAGUAUUGGGAAACCUGGAACGACUGGUGUUCAAACUUUAAAUGGAAGUAGCGUUGUGAUGAACUGUCAUAUCACCGGAGGUACCAGCGGCGCCAACUCACAGCCCGCUGGCACGCUUGUCAACAACGGACCCGUUUCUGUGAGCAAAGGAAGCGCAACAGUUUUGUCUGCAACCCCAAGUACUAUUCGAAAUUCUUCGACGAGUGCGCAGAAUGCUGUGAUUUCCUCUCAGUCCUCUGUGAAAAGCUUACCCACUGUCACGCUUGUGAGGCCACCUAUGCAAACUAACACCUCACAAAGCGGAGGCAACCAAACCACAGUUUUAACAUCACCCGCUGUUACUGUUACCAGCACGGCUGGCUCGCUCGUCAACAAAUUCGACUCCACAAAAGCUGUAAUGCAGACUGGAGCGUACGUCGUGGCUUCUGGUGUUGCGACAGGGACAAUAGCGACCAUGAGGAGCCCGACCGUUUUGCAAAACGUGAGGACUUCGGUUCCGUCAACAAUCGCUGCUACUCCUGGUGGGAUACGAGCCAUUGCUCCACAGGUGUUGGCCCCUCGACUCACUCAGCCUCAACAAAACGCCCCAAAUAUCCAAAACAUCCAGCUCCCUCCAGGCAUGGUCUUGGUUCGCAGUGAGAGUGGGCAGCUGCUUGUGAUUCACCAGCAGACCUUGGCUCAGAUGCAGGCUCAGUCGCAGUCCCAAAGCGCCAUGACGCCACGACCUGCAGCCCCCACCAGCACUCCACCUGUCCAGAUCACUUCGCUACAGGCUCCAGGCACGUCAUUACUGGCUCGUCCGGUUACCCCCACCGCCAUUAUUAAACAAGGUUCCACAGUUCAGACCACUGUGGCAACAUCUACCACACUGCAGAGGCCGCCUGUACAGCAGAACACCAUCAUGCUGGGAGGAACUGCUCCCACCCCGGGACAGCCGCUUGGAACAGCCACCACAGUGCAGACUGGUUCUGUAGCAACAGCAGUUACACAGAGGACCCCUGUCACUCCAACAGCUGUCACAGCUGAGACACUAGAGAAUGUAAAAAAGUGUAGAAACUUUCUGUCCACGUUGAUCAAGCUGGCAUCCAGUGGGAAACAGUCCUCUGAGACUACGGCCAACGUCAAGGAGCUGGUCAAGAACCUGCUGGAAGCGAAGAUAGAGCCUGAAGAUUUCACCAGUAGGUUGUACCGGGAGCUCAACUCCUCACCACAGCCCUACCUUGUGCCUUUCCUGAAGAGAAGUCUCCCAGCACUGCGUCAGAUGACCCCAGACCCAGAGGCCUUCAUCCAGCAGAGCCUGCUGCCUCUGCCCAGCACUCACACUGCUGCAACAGUCUCCACGGCCCUCACCGCUGUGAUGCUGCAACCUCCUCUCUCCACGACCACCAGCACUGCAGCGACCAAAACCACAGUUAUCAGCCUCCCUCAGACACCUCACAGUAAACCUGGACUGAUAGUGCCCCAGCAACAGGGGACAAUGGUGAGGCCACAGGUGACGCUGGCUCAGUCUCCCAUGGUAACACUCAGAGGACAAUCUCAUAGCCGCAUCAUUGUGGGCCAGCCGCAAGUGGUCAAACAGCUACAGACAGCAGGGAAGCAGACACUGGCUCCGGGGGCCAAAGGAGUGCAAGUAGUCAGUCAGGCCCCUCUCACAGCUGCUCAGAAGAACAAGCUGAGGGAAGCAGGAGGGGGAACCUUCAGAGAUGAUGAUGAUAUCAAUGAUGUGGCCUCCAUGGCAGGGGUCAACUUGUCAGAGGAGAGUGCCCGUAUCUUAGCAACCAAUUCUGAGCUUGUUGGCAUAGUGACUCGUUCUUGUAAGGAUGAGACCUUCCUCUCCACCUCUUUACUCACACGGAGAGCUCUGGAGAUUGGUAAGAAGUUUGGUGUUGGCGAGUUGGGCGCAGAUGUGAUCAACUACAUUUCCCAUGCUACACAGCAGCGACUACAAAACCUGCUGGAAAAGGUGUCACAAGUGGCACAGCAGAAAAACACAACUUUCAAGGAGGAUGAGCGGUAUGAGCUGGUAAGCGAUGUGCGAACCCAGCUUAAAUUCUUCGAGCAGCUUGAUCAGAUGGAGAAGCAAAGGAAGGAAGAGCAGGAGAGAGAGAUUCUCCUCAAGGCUGCCAAGUCUCGGUCACGGCAGGAGGACCCUGAGCAGCUCAGACUAAAACAGAAGGCCAAAGAGAUGCAGCAGCAGGAGCUGGCUCAGAUCAGACAGAGAGAAGCCAACCUAACGGCGCUGGCAGCAAUCGGUCCGAGGAAAAAACGGAAAACAGACUCUCCUGUUAGGGGUGCCAGUGCAGAGGGCUCAGGGUCAGGCCCCUCUCAGCCUGGAGGCUCCGGUGGAGCAGGCUCCAGACAGUUUAUGCGACAGCGCAUCACCAGAGUCAACCUCAGGGACCUGCUCUUCUGCCUGGAGAAUGAAAGAGGGACCAGUCACUCACACCUGCUCUAUAAAGGCUUCCUCAAAUAGCACACGCAUUAAAAUGACUAGUGGCGCUCAGUGGCGUUCAGGAAGCAGAGUUGACUGUCGGCUCAGACCGUCUCUGCCGGUACUUUCUUUGAUCACCCACUGCUGAGUGACGAGACGUCUGUCUGUGGGAAGAAAUCUGGGACGCUGAAGAGACGUCUUCUUUUAAAAGCCUCUUCAAGCACAGGUCUUUUGUAUUUUUCAGAGGACCAAAUAUUUGAACUGACCCCUGAUUUCAGUGGUUUUGCUCUUCAGAGACCAGUUUUACCAAACCACGCUUCAGUCAUGCACUGCCUCAUGCUGCGCACAAGGAAAAUGUCUUUGGCCGAACUGAGCGCUAUAGACCCGAAGACCUUGUCCGUGUCCUUUGCACUGACAUGCGGUUGUAGCAGCAAAUCUCCAUGAAGUGGUUUCAUUUUAGAUUAAUGUCCAACACUCAGGUGCAACAGCCUGAUUUUACAAAACUGCAGUAAUGUGCUGAGUUUCUUGACCAUGUUAACGUAAAAACUCUGUUUAUUUAAGUUCUUAACAGAGAUUUUAAUUUAUCACACAGUUCUACUAUAUUUUAGCACAGCUUUAAUGCCUGUGGAUUUUUUUACAGAGAGUAAACUUGACUAGCCUUGUCAUCUGCUGAGUUGCCUUCUUAACAAAUUAAGCCAUAUGGAUUAGAAUGUGUUGAUCUGCUUCAGUAACAUCAUCUAUCCCACGGUUCUCUCCAGGUUUGUAGGAUGUGUGCUCUUUCCUUCUUCCUUUCUUUCUUUCUUUCUUUUUUUCUUUCUUUCUUUCUCUGGCUUAGCUUGAUUGGAAACAAAAAAAAUGACAUGUAAAUUCAUAUCUCAUUUGUUGUGCAUGAUGUAAUCACAGGUGUUGUAUUUCUCGCUAUUACUGUAUUACUCACUAUUAUUUAUUGCGAGAGUUCCCGACACAGUGGUUAAAACCAAAAUUUUACUUUUUAUUCUGAUUCUAGCACAUUUACUACAAAGACCACAGUUACUUUACAUUCCUAUCGGUCAUUUCUAAAGCCACCUACCCUGCAGACAGCAGUUUUCAUUCAUUUCUUUAGUGACAUAUGCAAUUUAACUUAAAUCACUGUACCAUCUGUACCUUUUUAUCAUUGCCAAAUAGAUUUCAAAAGUCUGCAGCUUUUUGCUUUUUGCUAAAUGUGUUUGCUGUCCUCUGAUUUAGAAGAUCCAAGAAUAAUGACAGAUUUACAUACUGAUUAUGAAAAUAAUAAUGUGGAUUUGGCUCCCUGUUUCUUGAAUAAUGUUACCAAGAGGCUUUCGCGUCAUUUCCCUGCGUUUCCUAAAUGUCCCCCAAAGAGCUGCAGACUUUUCAAAUGAAAGUGUGUAAUGUUUAAGUAAGCUUUGACUAAAAUAUCUGUGCAGGAUGGAUUGCCCUUCUCAAGCUCAUUUUAGUCUCUACUUUUGGUACCAUAAAAAAUCUUAUGGAAACGGUUUGCUAAAUGGAUAAAAACAGUGAAACUAGUAUGGUAUAAUUGGGAAAUGAAGUGGCUGUAACUAAUGUAAAGUAUCCAGGCUGCGUAGCUCAUGGGCUAUAAUGUGAAUUUUUAAAAAAAGAGUUUGGAGAAAUGAAUCUCUAAUGUCAUUGAUUACACUCAUUUAUGUGAAUCACACAUUUUCCAAUAACUUGUUUUUCCACAUUUUUAUAUUUAUGAAUGAUGCGGGAUGAUCAUGUAGGUAAACAUGGGCAUGAAAUGCAGAACGAGGACUGCACUUUGACGGAUCACUUUUUUAAAACUAGUCGAUCAGAUGAACAUACCCACUUUAUAACUUUUUAUAUUUUUAGUGCACAUAUUAAUUUUGGUCUUUAUACAGUACCUUUGUCAUUUUCUGAAAGAAUCUGUAUUGGCAACUUUUGUAUUACUGUAUAUAUUUAAGUUUGCUGUUUGUAAGUUUAUCAGUUGACAACUUCCAACUCAGCAAAUUACUUUUUUCUUUCAUAUACAGUAGAUAUGACAAACAAGACAAAUAUGACACUUUCUUGCCAAUAUCUUGUACAUUUUGCACAGCCACCUGUAUAUAUGUAAAUAUCUGAAUUGAAAAAAAAAAUUAAUUGCUAUUUUAUAAUGGAUUGAAAGAGAAUGUUCUCUAUUAAAA